UAAACAAAUAUGGCGGCAUAAGGCGGGAAAAAGUUGAGAAAAUGAUUAAAACAACAGCACAGGGGAAAGUGUUUUAGUCACCUAGCUAGCUGUAGGUUAAGUUGCUUUAGAUUUAAAAAUGUAUAAAAUCGAAGACCAACAAUGUAUUAGUGUUAAAUAAUGUGUUUCAAGACCUGAACCAGACCACCCAAUGGAGUGUGAAAUUACCUCUAUAAAAAAAGAAUUGAAAUGUUGGGAGUCAAUGUUUGCAAGAAAAUAUGGUAGAAAACCAGCAAAGGAAGACAUCGAUGACAGCUCUGCAGAAAUAAAAGAAUCUUACAAGCGAUAUUCUUACCUAAAGAAAAAGAAAGAUGAGAGUAACGAUUGUGAAAGACAGAACAGCAGUAACUUAGUACCAGAUGAUGGUGUUUUUGGCACAAGUCUUAACAAAAAACACAACAAAACACCUCCAAUUAAAAGCACAAGCUACAUUAAACACGACCCUGAUGUUUCAUGGAGGCCGAAAUUAAAACCUCUGAAAAGAAUUGGUUUAUCAGAGACACAAACUUUGGAGAAGGAUUGCGAGAAAGAAAACGAGCCUACUAUGGGAAGUAUUGUGCUGGUUAAAAACCCAUCAAAUAAUUCUGAAGAUGUUCCCUGCAAGACUAAGGAGAGAAUUCCAGUAGUAAAAAGUAAGGGUUUUGUCAAGAAAAGAUUGUCAUCAUUUGGUAGAAAUCUGUCAUGUGACUUACUUGAGAGCUGUAAACAAUCUCUUGGCGAGAAAUCUGAGAAAAAAAAUUCUUUAAAUAACGUCAUUAAUGAUGACAAAGACACACCAGCUGUUGUUAAUUCACAAGCUGAUGUCUCACUUAAGGAGGUAACAGAGACAAGCUCAGUGAAAGAGAAUCUGGAAAAGGUUUACACGAUGGAAGAACUUUGUUUAGAUAAACAUUUAGAUAAUAAAGAAGAAAGUGAAGCUACCUAUCACAAAAAUAAUUUGACAAAUGCUAAUACACAAGACACACAAUCUUCUAUUAAUAAUGAAAUUCAAUCACCUAAGAAGAACAACCCAACUAACUCUGACGAACCAGUUUUAAAACUUAUUGCAAUUAAAAAGAAGAAGAAGAAGCUGAAGAAGAAAGAAGAAGAAGAGGAAACAAUUGUUGAAAGAGUUAAAAGAAAAAGAGAGGAGGAAAGCAAUACAGAAGAAGCAACAAGCAAGAAAGUUAAAUUAAGUAAAAAGGCAGCCGAGAAAGGAAAGAGGUUAGUUAGCGAUAACUUUGUUAAAAUCGAUCUUAAGAAAAAAACAUAUCAACGUGGUGUGAAAAAGCUCACAGGUGGAGCGUACAAGCGAAGAAUGUGGAAGAAGAAAACCAGUUUUGAAGUACCUACGAAAAAUGGAAGCAAAUGCUUCAAAUGUGGAGGAGAGGGCCAUUGGGCGAAGUUUUGUAGAGGUAAACCGAAGAAAGUGGACCCGUUUAAAAAAUUAGAUGAAGAGAUGACAUCGUUGGAAUUUCAACAUUUAAAUGAAGAGCAGGGAAGUUGUUUUGACUAUUUGAAUGAAGAUACACAAGAUGAAAGAAAUAAUCUUAUGUGUUCCAAGAAAAAUUUCACAAUUGAUGAAGUCAUGCAGAUUGAACCAUGUUGGCCACGCACACCAUAUAGGAUGGAAAUAAAUGAUGAAUUAUUCUGUCCCUUGUUUAAAUCUGAAGACGGGAAACCGGCUAAAGAAACCUACAAAAAAGUCAAAUCAAAUCUAAAAAUAUUUGGACAUGAGACUUUUAGAGAAGGACAACAUGAGGCUGUUGCAAGGAUUGUGUCUGGUUUGUCCACUUUGGUUAUUCUCUCAACUGGUUCAGGAAAAUCGUUAUGUUAUCAGCUACCAGCUUAUAUGUAUUUUAAAGAAAGAAAAGCUAUGACAAUUGUUGUGUCACCGCUUGUUGCUCUCAUGCAAGACCAAGUCGCAGGGCUUCCUUCAUGUCUACCCGGUGCUUUCUUAAACAGUAAUAUGACUAAACUUCAACAACAGCGCGUCAUCACAAAAAUCAAAGAACAAAAGAUUGCAGUCCUGUUAGUAUCACCGGAGGCGCUCGUGUCCGGUGGGUUUGGCACCGGUAUAUUGCCACCCAAGUCCACUCUACCACCGAUAGCAUUCGCUUGUAUUGACGAAGCUCAUUGUUUAUCUGAGUGGUCUCACAACUUCCGACCAUCUUAUCUGCGUGUUUGUAAAGUUCUGCGGGAGAGAUACAACAUCAAAUGUUUGCUUGGUCUAACAGCCACAGCAUCGCAAACCACUGCAACUUCAGUUAUUCAUCACUUGGGAGUUCCAUGUGAGGGAUCUAUUAUCCGUGAUCCGAACCCAAUCCCUCCAAACUUGCAUAUCACAGCUUCACGUGAUGAAAACAGAGAUUUAGCGUUGGUUGAAUUACUUCAGAUGAAACCUUUCGAUGAAUGUGAUUCAAUCAUUGUGUAUGUAACAAGGCGUCUUGAAGCAGAUCGGCUUGCUGUAAUGUUGAGAACUUGCCUUCCUGAUCCUCUGCCAAAAGAAGAAAAAAAGGAAAUUGAAAAAGAGAAGAAAAAGAAAGGAAAGUCAAAGGCGUCCACAAAACCUUUUUGGUGGAAUGUGGAAUGUUAUCACGCUGGUUUGACACCCGCCCACCGUCGACGCGUUCAAAAUCAAUUCAUGUCGGGUGAACUCCGAGUGGUCGUUGCAACGGUCGCGUUUGGUAUGGGUCUUGAUAAGUCAGAUGUUCGGUCUGUUAUACAUUUUAACAUGCCAAAGAGUUUCGAGAAUUACGUUCAAGAGAUUGGUAGAGCUGGCCGAGACGGAAAACCAUCUUUCUGUCAUGUGUUUCUGGACGAUGACUGGAACGAUCUGAACGAACUUCGUCGACACAUAUACGGAAAUACUGUCGAUCGCAGCAUAGUCAAGAAAUUUGUCGACUUAGUAUUUCCUUCUUGCAACUGUUCCGAGUUAAGCAAACAUCACAACAGUUCAACUAAAGAUAGUGAUAUUCCCCAGGUGGAUUCUGCACCUCCACUUCUUGACAAAGAGGCGGAGGAAUUAUUUAGUCAGGACAACGACGACGCGAUGUGUACCGACAUCGAGAUGAUGGGUGUAACACCUAGUAUAAGCAAAGCUGCUGAAGAUCACGAAGAUAUGAUCCUUUCACAGAAAUGUUGUUCUGGUCAUAGAAACGCUUUACCAAUCGAUUCAACAGUGCUAGAAUUAGAUAUGCCUCAAGAAAACAUAUCAACAUUAAUGUCUUAUCUAGAAUUACAUCCGAAACGCUGGAUAGAGGUGCUUAAUCCUAUUCUCUCUUCUGCGUCCGUCAAAUGUUACGGAGGUCCGGAGCAAUUUCAGUUAUUAGCAAAAAAGUUUCCGCCGGUUGCACUCUCAUUGAGGCUUCUGCCGCAGAGUGAGCUGAAAUAUCUCGCAGAUAUGAAACAAAUAGAUUUGGAUUUUAUGACGAUAGCUGAUAAAAUGUGCUGGGAUGUGAUCACGGUUGCUCGUGAAGUGCGUUCACUUCAAUGGAAUAUGGCGUUCGCUUUGGACGCGCCGUUGAAUACCACGGGCAAAUCUGGAAUCAUUGUUGAGUGCGGACAAUUAAGUUUUCAUAUUGUAACGCGAGAGGGGAUUGGUGACGACGAAAAGGACGAAAUCUGUGACUUUUUACACGAAAACGUCCUAGCGCAGGAAGAAAAUCGCUUACUGCAAUUAAAUGCGUUGUAUAAUGUUUUGAAAGAUUUAUCUUGUCAACAUUUUUGGGAGUUGCCUUCUGAUAAACGAAUUGAUCAAAAAGCUCGCGAAAAUAUUGGUAGAUACUUCAUGUAUGACAACAAAAAACAACUUGAAAUCUUAAGAGAAAUGUGUAGUUCUGACACUAGUAUAUGUACUCCUCCUCGGAGAUGGAACUUGAUAGCAAGUGAUAUUAAGAACUUGCUAAUCUCUCAUCCUGAUGAAAACUUUACAGGAAGAGCUGUUGCUAGGAUACUGCAAGGCAUUAAUAGUCCGUGUUAUCCGGCAAUUACUUUCGGUAGAGAUCGUCGUUUCUGGAGACAAUGCUUAGAUGUGGAUUUUAACGAAUUGCGUAAAUUUGCAGUUGAAGAAAUUAGUCGAUUUAGAAAUUGAUGAAUCGAUUCAUCGGAUGAUUUCACGUCAUCCAAACUAAUACGUUGAAAUUCAUUUUGAAGGAAUGUUAAUUUUACAAAAAUAUUUUAUAGUAUUUAUUUAUUUAUUUUAACUUCA